UACUCACUUUAAGCUUCUUAUAGGGCGCUAAUGAAAGUGGCCACAUAUUGUUCGGGGGACAGAUGGUUUCUGUCUUGAUUAAGUUUUAAUUUUCCUGACGGGAUCCAAAGCUGGCAGGCUUUGCUCGUCAGAGGGACCCUGCUGUGUUCACAGACAGACCAAUGAUUCUCUCGCAUCCCAUUCUGCAUAAAAAGGUAGUCCCAGGUAGAGGAGCUCAAGUGGGAAAGUGCAGGUUUUCACCGAGCUGACGGCUCUCUCAGCUGGGAGUUAUUUAGCAGCAGACAGGCGUUUCUCUCUCUCUCUCUCUCUCUCUCUCUCUCUCUCUCUCUCUCUCUCUCUCUCUCUCUCUCCUCUCUCUCUCUCUGCUGCUCUGAAUUGAGGCAGAACACUUCUGAAACUGGUGGAUAAUAUCAACUGCAAACUUUUGCAUCCUGGCUGAAACAAUCAUCAGUAUGCAUGAUGUUUACCAAGACACUGGAGGCUUCUGCAGCGGCUUAUCAUGCAUAUUAAUAACCUGAGCAGAGGCCAGAUGAUGCUGAACAUGUUGGCCCGACCAUUACACUGGAGCCUCCUGCUUCUUUGUAUAGUAGGCUUCUGCAGCCAGCUUGUGUCCACUGGCAACCAAAGCUCCCGAGGACAGACAGGGUCAUCGCAGGAGAGGACAGGGACUUGUGAAGUGGUUGCUGCUCAUCGUUGCUGCAAUAAGAACAAGAUUGAGGAACGCUCUCAAACUGUCAAGUGCUCCUGCUUCCCAGGACAGGUGGCGGGGACAACGAGGGCUCUGCCCUCUUGUGUGGAAGCCUCUAUUGUUCGUCACAAGUGGUGGUGUAAAAUGGAGCCGUGUCUGGAAGGGGAAGAGUGCCGAGUUCUCCCUGACCUCACUGGUUGGUCAUGCAUCUCUGGAAAUAAAGUAAAGACCACAAAGGUGGCGCGGUAGCAAGACAGGAGCUCCAUCUAAUCAGUACAAGCCUGUUCCGACCUGGUGCAGUCACCUUAAGUAACACUGGACUCUGACUGAAGACAGUGAACGCCCCAUCAGAUAGAACAAAGAACAAUAUAGAUUUAAUUAGAUAUCUCCUGACUAAGCUUUAAACUGCACAGGAACACAUUAUUUUAAUUUCCCUUUUGCUUGAACACAAUUUUGGUUAGGGUUUAUCCCACGGAGUGGGCAAUCUAAUAGCAACUCACUUAAGAUAAAAUGAAGCAGCACCCUUACACAGUCCAACAGGCAGCUACUGCAAAGGACUGUAUCCCUACGUCCGUGCUUGAUAUGCUGGGCACAAUGUGAUGCACUCAAUCAAAGACUGGACGGGACCUGCUGGCAGACACUUAAAAAGAGAUUUUCUGGAUUUUCAGGCGGCAGAAUGUGAAUCCACUCAGUUGCUUAUGACCCUCUCCGCCGAUCAAAGCAGAGGACCACAAAUACUGAGAAAUUUGUGGUUGUGUAGCAUUUGUAAGCAAUGCUGUCCUGUAGACUUACUCUGAGCUUUGUAAAGAGGACCGAUCCCUUCGUAUAACUUUUUACAACAAAGAGGCACCCUCCCAAACACGCCUGCACGCACACUCUCUCACACACACACACACACACGCACACACACACACACACACACACACACACACACACACACACACACACACACACGCUGCUUUUCAUCUCUUCAGUGCUUGGACAGGCCACCACCUGCAAGGCUGUGAUGGCAAGCACACAAGCAUGAAGUUCUGAUGCAAAACAAGGACUGUUUGAAAUGCUAAUCAUGGGCAAAAAGGGAGAGAGAGAGAGAGAGAGAGAGAGAGAGAGAGAGAGAGAGAG